AUGGCCGCGGCUGCCAACAAGGAAAGCCCGCUGCUGUCGGUGCCUCCUGACGAGCCCCUGCAUGACAUGAACCUAUUGUGGCCUCCGUCAGUCCCUUACCGGCGGCCAAAGUUGCGCCAGGACAAUGGCGGUCCCAAGGCAUACAUGGAGACUCGCUGUUCACCCACUCAAGAGGAAAAGCCUCGUGUGGAAAUCAAGGUGCCGGUGCCCACUGCUGCCAUCUACGACCCACCCCUUGGUCUAGAACAGUUCCGGCUUCUUUGCUUGCACCCACCAUCGGAUGGUGCGUCAGAUGGCCCAGUGUCGCCGGUUCACUGCGACCUCCAAGUCCACCCCUUGAACGACUCUCCUUGGUACGAGGCCGUUUCUUACGCGUGGGGCGGCGAGAAGGGAGAGAAUGCCAAGACCUGCCCGGUAUACGUUGGCCCGUAUUGGGACGUCGUCCUGCAGACCCAGAACUGCCAUGAUAUGCUGCUGCACAUGAGGCCGCGUCGGGGUCUGCGCCUGCUCUGGGUCGACGCGCUUUGCAUCAACCAGCAGGACGUUGCCGAGAGGAACAGGCAGGUCGCGCGCAUGUCCGACAUCUACGCCCAGUGCACCAGCGUCCUCGUCUAUCUGGGCCCGGACGAGUGCUCCCCCGAGCACCUUGAAGGUCGGAGCAACCCCCACCGCGCUGCCCUCGCGCCCAUCAAGAUCAAGGAGUGGCUGGACCGGCGCUACUUCAGCCGCGUGUGGAUCAUUCAGGAGCUCGUUCUACCCGGACAGGUCGUUGUCCGCAGCGGGGGCGUAGAGUUCUUCGCCCACGGGUCGCAGCUGGAGGGCUUUGCCGAGCUGUGCAUCAUGCAAGGGACGUGGGAGACCACGCCCGCCCAGUGGGUGCAGCAUGUCGCCAAGGGCUCGUUGAGUAUGGUGGAUAUGCUGAGCGUCAUACGGCUCACCUGGAAGUCCGACGCCAGCGACCCCCGCGACCGCAUCUUUGGGAUAUUGGGCCUUUUGGAAGACGGGCGACAGGAAAUAUACCGCCACGGUCAACCAACCAAGCGUUAUACCCUUGCGCCCGACUACAGCUUAUCCCCCCAACACGUCUUCACCGGCUUUUUUGCCCACGUCGUCGCGGCUUGUGGGAAAUCACAGGCGCUGUGCGCCGCUGUUGGCAUUACUGGCUGGGGCCGUAUGCCAUCGUGGAUCCCCGACUGGCAGGCUCCAGUCGACUCCCGGCCGAGACUGUUCUCUGAAAUUGAGAGGAGGGCGUACGCGAAAUGGGAUAGCACCCUCGCUAUCCACCAAGAUGCUGGAAUUAUUCCUUCUGGCAGAGAUUUAUCUAUUUUGACUUCUCUCCUGGACCUCUUCCCCCAACCAUUCAAGGAUCAACUCGGCUCCCACACCAUCAUCGAGCUGCGGACAUGCAACGCUAAAGAUAUUGCUGCCGAAGACUCGCACGUGCCGUGGAACGAAAAGAUCUGGGUGGACUCCAGAACGGGAGGUUUGAACGUGAAGCUGGUGCACCUUAUGCCGGUGCCAUCCUCACCCUUGUUUUUGGACCGAGAUCCCAAGCGCCAUACGCAUCGCAGCCAGUAUAAUAAAUUACCCGAGUACGGGCUGGCUGGGGAGAAGGUCGGGGUUAUUUUAACCUCGAUGAGGAAGGACCUGCCCGCCAUCGUCGACCCUCAGCUCGACCACAUCUUCGUGGUGAUACACAGCGACGGGACAUACACGCCUUUCGUUCUCCGGCCCGUCGAUCCAAAGAGGCAGCCAUCAAUGUACUCCAUCAAGAGAAACGGCUGCCUGGAAUGGGGCGACUGGCAGAUUGUGGCCGCAUGCAGCCGCAUGUUUCUCGUUGGCGACGCGACCCUCGAUACCCCAUGCAGCGUGACGCUAGACGAACAAUACUGGGCCAGCGCCAAGUAUGGGGUUGACGGCACCGAGAGAGUCCUCAACACCGAGACGUACUUCUCUCCCAGGUGCCAGGGCUUUCUCCCAGGAGAGCCGCGCGUCGGCGGGCAGCAGGAGAGCCCGAGCCCCAGCGACCCGCCUCGCUUUUGCAUCUCCUACUUCCAGCAACUGCGCUGGCGUCUCAGCCUGGCCCUCCAACGUGCCGUAAAGGUCGUCCGAGAGGCCGUGGUGGAGUGCCAAGAUCCGUGGUGUCGCCCACCAUUCCACGUUCCCAAUGCGGCUGUUCUCGCCGCCCAGCUCCUGGGUCCCAAGGGCUACACUGUAGAAAACGUGGUCUGCCUGUUCCAAGCGGUACUGGAUGAAGAAAGAUGGGGCCAGCGCGGUCUUGUAGAGCGCGAGCUGCGACAGAAGGCGGACCCUAGACUGGAGUUUUUUGUCGACAAAGACGGGAUGAUGCAGCUGACGGCCUGGCUGCCGGCUUUGAAUGGAGAAGGUACCUCCACUCGAGGGCCGAGCGAGGCCUGGGGGGCAACAUGGGCCGUCCAUCAACCGCUGAUGGGAGCCCCGAUUCUCAAGGCGCCCCUCAAAGAUGUUCUGGACCGCCUCAGGCAGUCUCGACUGUAUUACGCAGUCAAGAUCCUCAACAAGUCGACGCACGGCAGCGCGCUUCAGGUUCUGGCAGAUGGACCAUCGCCCAUGGAUAGGCACAAGGCGUGCCCGGACUUUUCAGAGGAGACUGUCACGGACUUGCAGCUUGAUGGGACCACCCCCGGCGUUACUGGCGGUACUAGCGGCGAUGGUGAAGCAGGCGGCGGCAUAAAUGACCCCCAUGUUUGCAAUCUCGGCGGUAUGUCGUCGUCGUCGUCGCAGUCCUGCGCGAUGUGGAGCGCGUUAACCCACGUGUACCCGGAGCCGUCGGCAGGUGGCGAUGGCGUCGCGGAUGGAAAGAAUGAAAGAAUGAAAUGA